ACCUUACUUGCUCUCACCCGCCUGACUUUUGUGUUAACUUCACCUACUAAGGAAAAGGACUGGGCAACUGAGAGCUCCCGACGCCGGCCCGGCUGACAUGUACAGGAAUGUCUCUAAGCAAUCUAUGCUCUCUACCACGACCGACACCAUGUCCACUCAAACCGCCGCGUUCGACUGGCUCCCUCAGGAGGUAAUGGAGAACAUCGCUUUCUUCUCAGCAACCACGACAGACGUAGGACCUCCCUCUGAUCUGAUCCCUCUACUUCUAAGCUGCAAGAGCAUCUACCUCGCUCUCUCCCUCGACACAAACCCACAUCUCUGCGCCCGCAUAUUCGAGCAUAAAUUCGAUCUCAGCGCCGCCGUUCGCCGUAUGGGCCAGCAGAUUGCCACCCCUGACGUCUUGUCCAAGGAGCUACGCAAGAGAUUCGUUUACCUGAAGCGGAUACGCGCACGGACAGAUUCUCGCAUCUGCGCGCCAAAUACAAAUUCGCCGAUCCUUGGCGAGUUGCUCUGGCUCGCGUACCUAAUGGUGCUCGAGAACGACGGAAAGAAUGUGAAGCAGCUGAGAGAGUACGCAGGGAUGGAGCAGUGGUUGACGGAGUACUGGUUUGAUGACGAGGGCGCGUCGCAAGCUACGAAGGCGCUCUUGGCAGAUGAGUGGCCGCUCGAUAAUGAGCAUAAUGCUCUGGCGAUGUGGUUGUUUUGGUUGUUUCUCAAACCCGACCGUUUCCAGCGUACCGAAAGGAACUAUCGGACUUUUACGACUGUUUUGAAACCGACGGCUCUAGCGGCCAAUAAGUAUGACAUAUGCCAAAUCCCAUGGGAGGCCUUCGUUCCCAGGUCCUGUCUGCUUGAACCUACGAGCAUACAACACUAUUCUAAUUCAUAUCACCUGACGCCACCGACGAUGGCUAUUCCUGCAAUCCUCUCUUAUCUAAGCUUGAUGGGUCCCCUUGUAGGCCCAACAAGGGUUGCCUACAAAGGACCACAUCACGCGCCGAACAGUUUUCCAUCAUCUCUAAGUCAAAGCCUUGAGUGGGAAGCUGAUUGGCAGAGAUGCAUAAAUCUCGCCCAAACCCCUCUCACCAGCCAAUUCUCAGGUGCAUACAUAGCCGGCAGUCUACAAGGUGUGUGGGAAGGUGUCUUUACGUACACGGAAUUCACUACCUAUGCUGCGCUUCUGUCUGGACGAUCCCCUUCGAUUCUUCAUAAUUGUUCGGUUGCGCAGCAUCGUCAAACGUGGAAGUUGCGGGAGUACCACUUGAUUGUUUCUAGGGAGGCUGAUGGCGGAGCCGACGGAGCAAAAUCGCCAUCGCCAUCAUUGAGCUCGGGUGAUCCGCUCAAGGCGUUCUUUCCGCCUGGUAUCCGCAUUCACGAGCACGUAGGCAGUGCAGAGGUGCAUGAGCCCGGUAAAGUGGCUACACUGUCCUACAAGCGGUGUGACGCGGAAACCGAGGGGGCCGAUGUUCGAGAUAUCAUUGUCGUCGGAGAGGGUCAUUCUGCUUGGGGUCAAUUCAAUAUCAUUGGUAGGGUACGACCUUGCGAUGGCUUUGUUAGUCUUUUGAAGGAAUAUGUCGAAGGCGAUCGGGGACAAUGGCUUUAUCGUGGUUAUCUUGUCGGGAGUAUCAAUGGGAGCCUCUCUGGGCGCUGGCGAGACACGCUCAGUCUCCCUGAAGCUAAUGGUUAUGAGGGGUGUUUCGCGAUGAGGAGGCGGAGAUGACGGAGUUGUGAACUGAUUUUCUGGAUAUAGGUUUCUUUACUGACAUGAUUAGUUUCUACAAAGUUUGAGGGAAAUAAAACAUUGUGCGUCUCGCCUGGCAUUCAGGAU